AAAUAAUAAUUUCACUAUCCAUUCAAUGGGCGCAUUGAGGCAUUUACACGUAGCCCAGCAGGCAAUAUAGCAGUCAGUAGAAGAAAAGGAAAGAGAACCCCAGAAGCCUCCUGUGACUAGCAAGUGAAGCCGCCCUCCACCGCUAUUUCUUCAGCAAUACCCAGAACCCAAACAGAAAAGAAAAACACAGACACGAAAGCAAAGACAGAACAUAAAUUAGAAGAUGUUCUUCUUCUUUGUAGGAGGAGUAGAGCAACAGGUGCGUCAAGUCCUGAAAUCAGGUGCGGGCAGAUGCAUAAGGUGCGCCUCUAAAGCUGAUCUAGUGGAGUACGAGAAAGUUCUGAAGCUGUUCUUUAUUCCUGUCUGGAAAUGGCCUGGUAAAGAACCUGCUAUGCAUUGUAACAACUGCAAUCUUAUAUUCCCCCAAUCUUUUUCUCAUACACCUCCUAAGUCAGAUUACUCCCUGCCGCGAUCGGUGGUUACAGAAAGCCUGCGGUGUCAUUUUUGUGACCGGGUUGUUGAGUCUGAGUUUAAGUUCUGUCCUUUCUGUGGGUCUUCUCUGUAAUUAAAUCGUGGGUUUGGGACCUUGGGUGGAAUUGGGCUUCGCUUCUUGAUAUGUAAUAAUAAAUUAUUGUUUUUCUUUGUUUCGUCUACUGAAAGUAGUUGAUUUUCAA